UAGGGGGCAGCUGCCGGCCAGGCGCCCUGGACACCGGCGCUAGGGGACCCCCACACUCCGGCUUGGCACCAUGAGAGCCCCCCGGGAGACCCUGCACCUCCUGCUGGCUACAGCCCUGCAGCUGAUCGGCUGCGCAGCUACGGCACCACAGCCCCAGACGAAGGGGACCCACCCGCUGGGGGAAGUGAUGCAGUGGAUGGAGGUUUAUAACCGCAGCUUCUGCCAACCGAAGGAGAUGCUGGUGCCCGUGAGCGAGGAGCACCCGGCCGAGGUGGAGCACCUGCUGGCACCCUCCUGUGUGCCCCUGCGUCGCUGCGCCGGGUGCUGCGCCGAUGAGGGGCUGCAGUGCGUGCCUACCCGCAUGCAUGUGGUGGUGAUGGAGGUAAUGAAAACCCGCUACCUGCACAGCCACCUGGGCCAGCUGGCCUUUGAGGAGCACAGUGCCUGCGAGUGCAGACCAAAGACAAAUAGCAAAGUAAAUCCAGAAAGGCCUGAGCAGCCCAAGGGGAAAAACAGCAUUGGACGCAAACACAAAAGGAAGAGACCCCCUGAACGAGACUCCCCCCACCUGCCCUCCUGCCCACCCUGCCCAGACAAACGGAGGCGCCAGGAUCCCCAGACAUGCCAGUGCCGCUGCCGGCGCAGGUCCCAGCACUGCCAGGACCGGGGCUUGGAGCUCAAUGAGCACUCGUGCAGGUGUGAGAAGCUGCGCCGAUGAUCUGACGGGGAGGGGGGUGACCUGGGACCAGCCUCUCCCCCCCGCCAAGCCCAGCUCUGCAUUGGAACCAGGACAACUCUGGCCCUAAGCGCCCCCUGCUGGAGAGGAGCCCAAGGAAGACAAGCAAGGCUGCCCAGGAAUGGACCUGAUGAGAGGACUCCUGGGACUAUGUGGAGGGUCAGACCCCAUUAUCCACUGCUUGGACUGGACCUGUCAGGAGGGACUGCAACUUGCAUGGCCUCUCCUGGACUGGGGCAGCCGGAUCCUGGGCCCCUCCAGGACUCGAGCAGCCAGAUUCCAGGGCCCCUCCAGGACUAGGGCAGAUGGAUUUCAGGGCCCCACCAGGAUUGGGGACCAGAUCCCGGGAUCCUUCCAGGACUCGGGCCCCCAGAUUCCUUCAAUGCCCACCAAGGCCGCCCCGGCUCUGCUGGCCAGACUCUCAUCCCCUCGUCGUUAUUUAAAGUUCCACACACACCCCUCACUGCCCUGCUCAUCCCCAAACCCCUUUAAUUUAAUGCUUGCCCUCACCUUCCUCUCCGUCCCCACAGAUCAAACCCUGUUUCCCUGCCAGAGCCAAGGGGAGGCUGGGCACCAGCUUGAGGACCCUUCCAGGGCACGUCCUGCUGCUGUAACUGCCCGCACAUUGGUAUCCGGCUCCAAAGCUAUUAAAUGGAUAAGACACACCAGCCCGCAGAGCUGAGAGCGCACGACCCCCGCAAAGACCUAUAGGAGGUCGAGGGAGCAUGCCCCACUCUCAGGACUCGCCAGAUUGGAUGGGGCUGCUGUUCUGUGGGGUGCCCUAUAUACUGCACCGGCUGGGGAGUGCCUCGCUGGAGGGGGUCCUCUGUUGUGUAGGGCAGCAGGGGUGGAGAGGGAAUCCUUGGGGAUUACUGGCCUUUCACCAUUGAGCCGGUGCCUUUGUUUAUGCUCCACAAAAGUGUGGCAGCCUUUAUACCCACGAGCUCUUCACCCAAGGGCUGAGGGCUCCUUCAUGCUUGGUGUGUGUGGAAAAAUUACUGCUCCAUCCUAGAGGCAGCUGCAUCUCAGUGCCAGGCAAGGGAUCCCUCUAUAAAGAGCCCUGCCCUGGCGACCCAGUCUAGAGGUGGCUGCAUCUCAGCACCAGGUGAGGGAUCCCUCUAUACACAGCCCCUGUGCCCCACCCCAGAGGUGGCUUCAUCUUGGUAGUGGGCAGGGGAUUCCUGUCUGUACAAGUGCCAUAUUUUGGAAUCCGUUGGAAACACAAGAUGCUGGAAAAGCAUGAGAUGCAGUUGAUGUUCCCUGUGGGGAUACUGGAAAAACAGGUGGGCUGGGCUAGCAAGUGG